UCAAUAAAGUAUACGAAUGACAGCACCUUCUAAUAUUAAUGUCAACCAAUCUGGCAACGACAUUAAAUGUAGUUCUUGUUUGUAGCGUUUUCUCACGACUGCUGCAAAAUGGAUGUGGAGAAGAUUUGUCGCACUUGCCUAAGUCUCUCAGGUCCAUUUUUGUCCAUCUACGAUGGUGGUCCUGGCAGCUGCUUGGUCGAUAUGUUGCGGGAAUUCACGCGCACUAAGCCGCGACGCGAGGAUAAUUUGCCAGCCAGGGUUUGCCUUAGCUGCAUCAGCGAAAUAAACCAUUGUUACUCAUUUAAACUGAAAUGUGAGAGCUCUAAUCGUACGCUGCGACAGCUGCUGCCUAAUGCACUGCCCGAGGAGUCCGAUCAACUGGUCCCACUUCCGACUAGAGUAGCAGUCUCCACAUCCGACAGCUCAUCGCAAACGUAUGUAACGGCAACAGUCAGCAGUGAGGCACAAACGGAUGAAGUACCAAAAACAGAUGCGGAGCAAAAUACAAGUAAUGAAGAGCACCAACAGCCGGAGACAACGCCUGUAAUGGAGGAGGACGAGGAACAGGAGGGUCAGGAGGAGGAAGAAUAUGAUUACGAAUUUACCGAGGAGCAAGAAACAGAUGACACACCGACCAAGGCCAGCGCUGGAAAUAUAAUAUUGCACGUGGAAAAAGACAACAUCAAGUUCGAGACGGAAAUGGUAUACAAUAAGAAUACGGGAGAGUUGCUUGAACAGUCUAUGGAAACUAUUGCCAAACAGAAGGAAUACAAAUAUCGGCUUGUUAGCAAUGGUAAUGGUGAUACAUACAUCUCACGAGAGCCAGUUUCGAAAGAGAAGCAAUCGACUCAGCAGGACUCAGAAUCAACGUCCACGCGCACUCAGCUGGAGGAGCAGCUGGAUGCAAAGAAAUCAAAGCCUACACCCGCAGCCGACGUCGAUGAGCUAAAGGCGAAGUUCCAUUGUGAUCGUUGUAAUGCGGGCUUUGCGUUGGAAAAAUCCUUGAUCAUACAUCGAAGGCAGAACAGCUGUACCCAUCGCAACUUCAAGUGCAAUGAAUGCGAGCGAGUGUUCGUCUCGCUUGAUCAUCUAACCGAGCAUCAGGCCACGCAUGGCGCGUUCAUAUGCCAGGAGUGCGGCUUGCGCUGUGAGUCCAUGGAACAGUUGGGCAGGCACAUGGUGCAGACACACAAACGGAAUCUACGCAAUCAGUGCAAUGUGUGUCAGAAGGUUUUCACUAUGCUGUCUACGUUGCGAGAUCACAUGCGCAUUCAUACCGGCGAGAAACCAUUUGUGUGCAAUGUCUGUGGUAAGGGCUUCACACAAAAUGCGAAUCUGCGACAGCACAAGAUGCGACACUCGGACAUAAAGCGAUUUAAGUGUACUCUGUGCGAUCAUUCCUUUGUAACCAAAGCGGAGCUAACUUCUCAUGGGCGCACCCACACUGGCGUCAAGCCUUAUCAGUGCGAGGUCUGUUCCUCUAGAUUUACGACGAGCUGUUCCCUGGCUAAGCACAAGCGCAAGCACACCGGCGAAAGGCCCUAUGCCUGUGAUCUAUGUCCCAUGCGCUUUACAGCUCUCAAUGUUCUCAAGAAUCACCGACGUACACACACGGGGGAACGUCCUUACGUUUGCCCCUUCUGCUCGAAAAGCUUUACGCAACGUGGCGACUGCCAGAUGCAUCAGCGAACUCAUCAAGGCGACAAAAUCUACAUUUGCCCGGUGUGCAGCGAGGAGUUCAAAACGAUGAACGAUAUGCGCACGCAUCUAACAAUGCACGAGCAGGAUGACAAGCGCCUGGUCCACUUCACCCUGCUGAGUAACAAGGAGAACGGGAACGCGUCGACACUGGAAGAGGCUGAUGAGGAAGAGUCGGAUGCAACUGAUUUACUGUAGGCUAGUUUUUUCACAAAUGGAUUUUUAAAUAAGCUGGGGGUAUUGCAUAGACUAGAGCUGGUAAAGGCAAAAAUUUAGCUGAAAUACUCUCAAUAGUUAGCAACAGGAGUUGUCAGGUUGAAUCGAUUGUAUUUAUCGAUAAUCCAUUUGAAGGGUAUGUAGAACAUAAGUUUAAUAAAUAUUCCCUUGCUAUUGUUAUAUAGUGGGUGAAGAUAAAAAGACAAAUAAAAUGCGAUUAUAAUUCGAAGAUCGCUUGGUGGACUAGUCUGUCACUAGAAAGUUAA